AUGUCGCUCACCGGAUUGCGUAAACAAAUAAACAAGGCAAAUCAGUUUAUGUCCGAGAAAAUUGGCGGAGCCGAAGGUACUAAACUCGAUGAGGAGUACAUUCACUGUGAGAAGCAAAUUGAUAUCAUGUCAAAGCUUAUUGAGGAAAUAAUUACCAAAACUCAUGAAUACCUCCAACCCAAUCCUGCGACACGGGCAAAGCUUGCUACACUAAACACCUUCAAUAAAAUUCAAGGCAAAGGGAAGGCACCUCCUUAUCCUCAACCCGAAGGUCAACUUGGGGAAUGCAUGCUGAAAUAUGGCCAUGAGUUGGAUCAUGACUCUCUUUUUGGUGAAUGCCUCAUUCAGGCGGGAAAUGCCUUCAAAAAUAUGGAGGAUAUCAAAUAUAACAUGGAGGACCAGGUGAAACGGGAAUAUAUCGAACCGCUUCGUGGUAUCCAGUCCGUAGAACUCAAGGAGAUCAAUUUCCAUCGCAAGAAGCUGGAGGGACGUCGUCUGGAUUUCGAUUGCAAGAAAAGAAAAAAGGAUAGUAGUGACUAUAAAAUUACUGCUGAGCGCAUGGCUAUUUCAUCCGUGCCCAAAAAUCCUCAGGCUGCUAAGGUGCUGGAAGAUGAGGUAAAAGCUGCAGAGGACAAGUUUCAGGAGUCAAAAAUUCUUGCUGAGACGGCCAUGGCGAACUUCCUGGCUUCUGAUUUUGAGCACAUCAGUGCUUUGGCAGAAUUUGUGGACGCACAGGCCAACUACUACCGUCAAGCCUCAGAAAUAAUGGAUACCUUGCACAAGGCGCUUCUGGAGAAGAAGGAUGAGGCGCAAUCGCGUGGAAAGCCGACACACACUCCAAAGCCGGUGCAACUCACUAGAACCCUCAGUGGGGAAGUCAGCGCCAAAAAUGGGUCAAUGAUCUCACCGAAAACACCGAUAAAGUCGCCUAACAUUAAAGGUUAG